GUCGCCUUCCUAAUCCGCGUCGAGGUGGGAGGGAGGAAAUCCUCGGCUUCUCCCGCGCUUUCGCCCCCCGCCCCGUCCCGUGCCUAUAAAACCCGGCCAUCCUCCGACGACGAAUCCAUCGAGCACCAGCAACAACAAUCCUCUGCUUAGCCAUCGGCCUCAUCCUCCUCCCCUGCGCCGGCGGUUGCAGGGAGAGGGCAUACAGCGUAGCCUAGCGCCGUAGCCAUGGUGGUGAACAACAAGGUGGAGACCCUGGCGUUCGACCUGGAGGCGGGGCACGGGCCCGGGGCGAAGGCGCCGCCGCCGGCGGACUCGGGCGCGCGUCAGCAGCAGCAGCGGCAGGCGCCGGCGGGGAUGGUGCAGGUGGAGCUGCACAAGGUGUCGGCGCCGGAGCGCCGGACGACGGCGCGGGCGCUGGGGCAGCGGCUGGCGGAGAUCUUCUUCCCCGACGACCCCCUGCACCAGUUCAAGAACCAGUCGCUCGCCCGGAAGCUGGUGCUCGCGCUGCAGUACUUCUUCCCCAUCUUCCACUGGGGCUCCAACUACAGCCUCCGCCUCCUCCGCUCCGACGCCGUCGCCGGCCUCACCAUUGCCAGCCUCGCCAUCCCACAGGGCAUCAGCUACGCCAAGCUCGCCAACCUGCCGCCCAUCAUCGGCCUAUAUUCGAGCUUCGUGCCGCCGUUGAUCUACGCGCUGCUGGGGAGCUCGCGGGACCUGGCGGUGGGCCCGGUGUCGAUCGCGUCGCUGGUGAUGGGGUCCAUGCUCCGGGAGGCGGUGGCGCCGGAGCAGCAGCCCAUCCUGUACCUCCAGCUGGCCUUCACCGCCACCUUCUUCGCCGGCGUCUUCCAGGCCUCCCUGGGCUUCCUCCGCCUGGGCUUCAUCGUCGACUUCCUCUCCAAGGCCACGCUCACCGGGUUCAUGGGCGGCGCCGCCGUCAUCGUGUCCCUGCAGCAGCUCAAGGGCCUCCUCGGCAUCGUCCACUUCACCACCCACAUGGGCUUCGUCGACGUCAUGGCCUCCGUCGUCCGCCGCCACAGCGAGUGGCAGUGGCAGACCAUCGUCAUGGGCGUCGCCUUCCUCGCCAUCCUCCUCGGCACACGCCAGAUCAGCGCUCGGAAUCCGAGGCUUUUCUGGGUGUCGGCGGCGGCUCCCCUGACGUCGGUGAUCGCCUCCACCAUCAUCUCCUACUUGUGCAGAGGCCACGGCAUCAGCAUCAUCGGCGACCUCCCGAGGGGAGUGAACCCUCCAUCCAUGAACAUGCUCGUCUUCAGCGGCUCCUACGUCGCCCUGGCCGUCAAGACCGGGAUCAUGACCGGCAUCCUGUCCCUCACCGAGGGGAUCGCGGUGGGCCGGACGUUCGCGUCGAUCAACAACUACAACGUGGACGGGAACAAGGAGAUGAUGGCGAUCGGGGUGAUGAACAUGGCGGGGUCCUGCGCCUCCUGCUACGUCACCACGGGCUCCUUCUCCCGCUCCGCCGUCAACUACAGCGCCGGCUGCCGGACGGCGGUGUCGAACAUCGUCAUGGCCUCCGCCGUCCUGGUCACGCUGCUCUUCCUGAUGCCGCUGUUCCACUACACGCCCAACGUGAUCCUGUCGGCCAUCAUCAUCACCGCCGUGGCCGGGCUGAUCGACGUCCGCGGCGCCGCCAAGCUGUGGAAGGUGGACAAGCUGGACUUCUGCGCGUGCGUGGCCGCCUUCCUCGGCGUGCUCCUCGUGUCCGUCCAGGUCGGGCUGUCCAUCGCCGUGGGCAUCUCGCUGUUCAAGAUCCUGCUGCAGGUGACCCGGCCCAACACCGUCGUCAUGGGGCUGGUCCCCGGCACGCAGAGCUACCGCAGCAUGGCGCAGUACCGCGAGGCCGUGCGCGUGCCGCCGUUCCUCGUCGUCGGCGUCGAGUCGGCCAUCUACUUCGCCAACUCCACCUACCUGGUGGAGCGGAUCAUGCGGUACCUCCGCGAGGAGGAGGAGCGCGCCGCCAAGGCCAACCUCUGCGGCGUCCGCUGCAUCGUCCUCGACAUGAGCGCGGUGACGGCGAUCGACACGAGCGGGCUGGACGCGCUGGCGGAGAUGAAGCGGGUGCUGGACAAGCGGGGCAUCGACCUGGUGCUGGCGAACCCGGUGGGGUCGGUGACGGAGAGGAUGUACAACUCGGUGGUGGGGGAGACGUUCGGGUCGGACCGCAUCUUCUUCAGCGUCGCCGAGGCCGUCGCGGCGGCGCCGUACAAGGCGCAGCCCUGACGCCAUAGACCAGCAAGCAGUAGGGUGCAUAGAUGAAGAAGAAGAAGAAGAUUUUAAGAAGAUGAAGAAGAAUUAAUCAGGAUGCAGAGUGUUGGUCAGAUGGAGUGAUUAGUGUAAGGCCGGAAUAACGGCGGUGCUGAUCUCUCUUCUCUUCUCGUCUGUGGAGAAGAGGUUUAUGUUUUUCUGAUGAAGAAGAAAAAUGUACCCCUAAUCAGCAUGCGCGCGGUUGUUGUAGAAGAAGAAGGUGUAAGGUGAUGCAGAUGUAAUCAAUGGAAGUUGGUUAAUUUCGUAGUC